CCCGUGACAGCUAGCUGUCAGAAAGUGAGUUCAUUCGCCUCACACGGCGGAGACACAGCGCUUUCGACACGGUUUUCGCCUUCUGUUGGUAUCGAGCCCAGCAGGUCAUCGAGACUGCAGCCCAACCGCUUCACCGAGCCCGGCCAUGGAUGAACAGGCAGGGCCCGGCGUGUUCUUCAACAACAAUAACAACUCUGUUCUGCCGGGCGGAGGGAAAGGACCGCUGCCGGAUGGCGACGCAGGGGAGGCGGCGAGAGCGCAGUACAGUAUCCCGGGGAUCUUGCACUUCCUGCAGCACGAAUGGGCCCGUUUCGAAGUAGAAAGAGCUCAAUGGGAGGUGGAACGAGCCGAAUUGCAGGCCCAAAUCGCAUUCCUGCAGGGGGAGAGGAAAGGUCAGGAGAACCUGAAGAAAGACCUGGUGAGGAGGAUCAAAAUGCUGGAGUAUGCACUGAAGCAAGAGAGAGCCAAGUACCACAAGUUAAAAUACGGGACCGAGUUAAAUCAGGGUGACAUGAAGCCUCCGAGCUACGACUCAGACGAGGCCAAUGAGAACCAGACUUCCGGAUCGCUCAACAAUCAGCUGUCCUGGAAACAAGGCCGGCAGCUCCUCAGACAGUACCUGCAGGAGGUGGGAUACACAGACACCAUUUUAGAUGUAAAAUCCCAAAGAGUUCGGGCUCUGCUGGGACUUGCCGGAGAUGGAGGAGGCAGGAUGGAAACUGAGCCUUUGGUGAACGGGACGGACACGACAACAAAGGGCAUAGGCACCAAGGGGAAAUCUGAGCUGUCUGACCCCAGCGCCGUGCUGGAAGUCUUCAAUUUUAUUGAGAAUGCAGAGGAUUUGAGCGAUGAAGAUGAGGAAGAGGACAGCGAGGGAAAGGGAGUUACCAACGUAGAAUCCAGGACGAUCAUGAGGAAAAAGCCUCCUCCCUCAUCGACCAACAUGGACACCAGUGAGGACCCCGACACCAACGCCGUGCUGAAGGUCUUCGACUUCCUGUCCAGACCCGAUGAGAUUGACACUUCUGAGUCCAGAGGCACCGGCGAUGGGACGGACUGGGAGAAGAACGAGCAAGGCUCCAUUUCUGAGGCCUGGGACGUGGCCCCGGGCCUGAUAACCCAGCUCAAGGAACAGUACAAAAAGGAUCGCAAGGGGAAAAAGGGGGUUAAGAGACCCAACCGAUCCAAGCUGCAGGACAUGCUGGCCAACCUGAGGGACGGCGAGGACAUGCCUCACAUGCAGCCUCCGUCCGCCCCGCAGCCCCGACCCAGCGUGCCCCGCUUUAACGAACACGAGGGAAACCGGCCGGAUGAAGUGGAGACCCUUGCUUUCCCGCCCACCUCAGGGACGUUUAUUAUGGGCGCAGACGAAGCUAUGAAGAGCGACCUGGGACUCGGGGAGCUGGCCAGCAUCACCGUGGCCAACGAGGUCGAGAGUCUGGCAUACGAUAUUGGCAACAAUAAGGACGCGAUGAGGAAGACGUGGAACCCCAAGUUCACCCUGCGGAGUCAUUUCGACGGGAUCCGGGCGCUGACGUUCCACCCCGUGGAACCCGUCCUCGUCACGGCUUCGGAGGACCACACGCUCAAGAUGUGGAACCUGCAGAAGACGGCUCCCGCCAAGAAGAGCACAUCUCUGGACGUGGAACCCGUCUACACCUUCAGGGCACACAGGGGGGCGGUGGUCUCUGUGGUGAUGAGCAGCUCGGGGGAGCAGUGCUUCAGCGGAGGGCUUGAUGGCACCAUCCAGUGCUGGAACACCCCCAACCCCAACGUCGACCCCUACGACUCCUAUGACCCGUCUGUGCUGCGUGGCGAGCUGAGCGGACACACCGACUCGGUCUGGGGCUUGGUUUACAGCGGCGUGCACCAGCGCCUCCUCUCCUGCUCCGCAGACGGCACCGUGAGGCUGUGGGACGCCAGCACCACCUCCCCCGCCCUCGCCGUCUUCAACGAGAACAAAAAUAUGGGAAUUCCCUCCUCCGUGGACCUGGUGUGCAGCGAAUCCGCUCAUCUGGUCGCAUCCUUCACAAACGGGGAGAUCGGCAUCUUCAACAUGGAGACCCGCCAGCUGGUUCUCAGCCUGGAGUCCAACUUGGAGGCGGGAACUUUCUGUCACAUCAACAAGGUCCUAAGCCAUCCCACGCUCCCCAUCACCAUCACGGCGCAGGAGGACCGACACAUCAAGUUCUUUGACAACAACAGCGGGAAGCUGAUCCACUCCAUGGUGGCUCACCUGGACGCCGUCACCAGCUUAGCUGUGGACCCCAACGGGCUUUACCUGAUGUCAGGCAGUCACGACUGCUCCAUCCGGCUGUGGAACCUGGAGAGUAAAACCUGCAUCCAGGAGUUCACGGCUCACAGGAAGAAGUUCGAGGAGUCCAUCCACGACGUGGCGUUCCACCCCUCCAAAGGCUACAUCGCCAGCGCGGGGGCGGACGCUCUCGCCAAGGUGUUUGUAUGAUGCGGAGCCGCGAGUCCGUCCGCAGCCCUGCCCACUGACUCGGACUCCCAUAAUCAGGGACCAACGGAGACACGGCAGGGGGGAGGGCCCUCGGACAGGGGUCCAGCCCCGCCCCGCACAGCCCGCUGUCGGACCUGCAGGCUGCGUCGCCUCUGACGGGCUGUGAGCUGGCAGGGAGGCCAAGCGGAAGGAAGAAAAUAAAACUGCUCCCUCUGUCUCCCACCCAUCAUCCAGGCAGGCCUGGGUGUGAGCGGCCACCGUGCCCCCCCCCCCAGACUUUACCACCACAGACGAGCGGCUCAGGGCAACUGUGAGCAAGGAGGGGAGAAACGAGCUCUGAAGCCCCUGCUUUCUCCCCCCUGUGGCUUCAUUCUAACCCCCCCCCACCCCCAAAGACAAAGUUGGACCAGCCCCUCCCUUCACUGCGAGUGUUUUCAGACUGCCGGGCGGGGCGGGGCGGGGCGGGGCGGGGCGCUUCUUCUCCUCUGCUUCCCAGACUGACUGCUCGCUGGUCUGCCUUCGUGUUCCUUUUUAAAAAUGUGCCUUUGCUUUAAAAAGGUCUGGAAAAAAUAGGAUUUUAACAAGCUUCUUUUGGGCGGGGGGGGGGGGCUGGUUGUCACGAUGGUGUUGAUUUUAACAUUGGAUGUAAAAUUACAAAUGCUUAUAAUAAACAAAAGCUAUAUUCAGUCUUAAACUUUCCUGUGCGGCGUGAGUUUGAGUGCUCAUUUUUGAUAAGUGCGGUUGGGGGAAAAAGAGGUUUGAUGCAUUUCUGAGGCCGUAGAGAAACAGAUCAGUAAAUAUAUUUGCCUGCUAGAUUACCUGUGGAGCGCAGAAGUCGAGCGUUUUUUUGCUGGGAUCACAGCUCAGACUUAAAUAGACGUCAACUUUUAGGAGCAACUUAUCCGAUUUUGGCCAGUUUGCUGUUGUUUGAACUGAAUGCUGUGUACCGUAUGUAGAUCUCCCCAGCUGUGUUGGACACGCUUGACCACGAUGUGAUGUCCUGAUAUCUACAUUAGUCCGGUGUUUAGCCAGAAUUUAGUGCAGUACCGUGGGACUGUUUUUGGAAGAACAGGCUGACCAUUGGACGUCCUCCUCCGUCUGCAGCUCGCUGUGAGCCGAGGACGGACGUCCAAACUGUUUCACAUGGAGACUACAGCUUCACAUGAGCCAUUUUCUCAGUCACUGGUUUGUACAUGGAAGUAUGUUCUAAAUAAAACCUGCUGUAAAAUCUUCA